AUCAACCCGGGACCCCCAACAGAUAUCUAUCUAUACAAGUGUUUUUAUGAUUAAAAAAUCUUCUAUAUACAGUUGCUAACUGUUCGGAAUGCCCCCUUACUUUUGGUGUCAAGCUUCUCAUUUUCAAAUAUUGAUGGGCCAACUGUUUGGCAUAUUCUAUUCAACUAUGUCUCUAAAUGACUUCAGCACUAUAACUAGUUAUAGCAUUAACAGUAACAAUCAUUCUUAAUCUGUCUUUCAGAGACCUUUUUUGAAUAGAUAUGUCAUGCAUUCUAAAUAUUCUCCUAAUUAUUACUAGACAAUGGCAGAGAUUAUCAUGAUCGCCCAAAAAAUGAAAUUUAAUAAUAAAAAAUAAAAAAGAAUAGAUAAAUAAUCAUGCAUCAUGAUAUGAUGAUGGCUUAACUUAUCCUUAUCAACUUCAAAGCCGAGCCUAUGUUUAGCCGAGAGUCAACCCUCUAUUUCUUGAGAAACCCGUACAACUAUCAGACUAGCAAUUGUCAUUCAUUUAUCGCUGGUUUAUCAGAGCAAAUCCUCUCUUCGCCUCCCACCCAUUAGAUAUCAUGGCUGCUCUUCUCAAGAAGCCGUUGAAGCUUGCCCUGGUGCAAUUGGCCUCAGGCGCAGAUAAAGCUCUCAAUCUCUCACACGCGCGCACCAAAGUGCUGGAAGCCGCAAAGGCUGGCGCAUCCCUCAUCGUCCUACCAGAAUGCUUCAACUCCCCCUACGGCACCCAGUACUUUCCAAAAUAUGCAGAGACGUUUCUCCCCUCUCCACCUUCAAAGGAGCAAUCCCCAUCCUUCCACACCUUGUCCACCCUAGCCUCAGAAGCAAAGGCCUAUAUAAUCGGCGGCAGCAUCCCCGAAUUCGCCCCAGAGAGCAAUAAAUAUUACAAUACUUCCCUCGUCUUCUCCCCUACAGGCACACUGAUUGCCACCCACCGCAAGACACAUCUCUUCGACAUCGACAUCCCGGGAAAAAUCACUUUCAAAGAGAGCGAGGUGUUGACGGCGGGUAAUAAGAUAACCAUCGUUGAUUUACCGGAGUAUGGCAAGGUUGGUCUAGCUAUAUGCUAUGACAUACGCUUCCCGGAGUCUGCAAUGAUUGCGGCACGCAAGGGCGCUUUCCUAUUGGUAUACCCUGGCGCGUUCAACAUGACUACGGGGCCUCUGCACUGGUCAUUGCUGGGACGGGCGAGGGCGAUGGAUAAUGAGGUCUACGUUGGUCUGUGCAGUCCAGCUAGGGAUAUGAAUGCCACGUACCAUGCAUGGGGCCAUAGCUUGGUUGUGAAUCCCCGGGCAGAAGUUCUGGUGGAGGCUGCAGAGAGUGAGGAGAUCGUUUAUGCCGAUCUAGAGCCCCAGGUGAUUGAGGAUAUUAGGAAGGGCAUUCCCAUUUAUGAGCAGCGGCGGUUUGAUGUGUAUCCUGAUAUCAGCAAGGGGGAUAUCAAGUUUGAGGAAUGAGGGCAUUUGACAAAUAAGCUAUUUACUCGAUUAAUGACAUGAUAUAUGAAGUACGGUGAGAAGGGCAAGCUCAAUCCGUCCGCGCCUCUGCUCCCUAGAACCGCUUGUGACGCAUUUGAAUCGACUCCAUACAAUUUCUUGGGCCCGCCGUGGAUUCCAAUCCGUAGUUCAUGGACUUAAACACACAAUAGCAAAGACACAGAACAUAUCAAAUGCUAUUACAUAACCGUAAAAUGGCAAAGCAUAUAAUCUAAUAGAUCGCAGCUGUCCUGGGAGAUUUUGCAUUUAUUUCCCAAACAGGAAGGAGCGGAAUUCCAUCACGUGAUAUUCAAGC